AUGGCUGAUGACGGCAAGGACUCCAACUCGGGUGCAUGGGCCCGAGUACCUACGUGGGAUGGCUCCCCUCAGACCUGGAGGUCAUUCCGCAAGGAGAUGAACUGGUGGCUAGCAGGUUUAGACCUGCAAUCGACGAAGAAGUACAACUUGGCUGCCAGGUGGCUUCUCCGCCAGAGCGGAGUGGUUCGACAACGUGGAGAAGAAUAUGAACCUCAUGAGUUGGCCUACCAGCAGGAGGUGAGGAUGCCAAACCCCACGACAGGUGAUGAGGAGGUGGUGACCCCGGAGGACCCACUUUCCGGGAUCAACAAGCUGCUUCGUUCCUUGGAGGAAAUGACCGGCAGAACAUCGCUGGACAAAAGAGGCGAGCUCAGGAAUGUCUUCUACCUUGAGCUGAGGAGGAAGAGCGGAGAGAGGAUUUCUGAGUUUGCCACGAGAUAUCGUAGCUUGGUUGCCGAGCUGAAGAUCGAGGGCGUGGUCAUUGGAGAUGGCGAGCUUGGAUGGUGGUUCAAGCACAAGCUGGGAUUAGAUCCCUUGAGCGCUCAGUUGUUGGAAACGGCAUUGGCCGGUGCUGAGGAUUACCCCACCAUCGAGCGUGAGGUCUUGCGCUUGUUCAAGGACCUGCAUGUUGCAGAUCCACUUCAUCGACGAGGUGGAGAAGGAGAACAACGAGCUCCUUUGUUGAACAGGUUCUUGAGCCAGCAGGCCACUACAAGCAGGGCUUCUUCAUACGCCCCCUCGAUGGCAAGUUCGACUGGCAGGUCAUUGAGAUCGGGCUCCUCGACGGCGUCAUCAGGUCGGUUCAACUCCAGUUCGGCCUACCGGAAACCCUUCGUUCAGAAGCAGGUCAUGGUCUCUGAGGCCGAGGAGGAUGAAAUGGCUGCUGAGAUCGCUCAGGAGGCGCAUGAACCUGACCCUGAGGGCGAUUCGCCUUCGCUUGAGGAGGUGCUCACGACUGAGGCUGAAGUCUUGGCGGCCGAGCUUGAUGAAGCAGCGGCAAAUGGUGUAGAUGAUGACACCCUCCGCGAGAUCGAGGACAGUGUUGAAGCAGCAGCUGAGGCCUUCUUGACCAUGAAGGAGGCCAGGACAAAGCUCCAAGAGGUUCGAAAGGACCGCGGCUAUGGGAAAGCUCCAAAUCCCACGGCCACCUCACCUACCUCCAAGGUGAACCUGAAGAAGCAAUCUGAUCGUCAUCCUUGUUUUGAUUGCGGCCUUCCAGGUCACUGGGCUGGAGAUGCAGAGUGUCAAAAGCCAGGCCAGCAGCUGGGGCGAAAGAAGGGCAAGGCGACCUUGAAGCAAGUGAAGGUCACAGAGGCGCUCAACACCGAGCAUGAAGAGGUUGCAACUGAUGGCCACGAGGUCUUGAUGGUGCAACGCCAGUCGCCUGUCCUUUCGGACGCCUUCCUUGAGACUGUACAGAACUUCCACGAGCCCAAAGAGGUCAAUGCGCUUGGGCUCGCUGUUGACAAAAGGCUGAUGGGGGCUCUGGACAGUGCCUGCAACCGCACUUGCACGGGUUCGGACUGGCUGCAUAGCUUUUUGACGGUUUUGAGGGCAACGGCUCCAAAGGAAGUGGUGGAUUUGGUCCGCAGUGAACCCGAGCAUGAGACCUUCCGGUUUGGAAACGGUCACUACGCUUUGCGGCUCCUGCCGGAUCGCUGGAGAGGUUUGGGCGCUCAGAAGUGGAGGUUUGUCCUUCGCGUGCGAGAAAGGUUCAACUGGGCCGUGAAAGGAGUGCUCUUGUGGGCCCUGCCAAGGCCCUACUUGCGGUUCUUACCGCUACCCUAUCCCUCUACGGGAACGGCCGACAUGUGGUUGCGCCAAGGUCAGCAACAAGUCAAGGAUGGUCAUGGAUGCCGGAAGCACCUCGACAUGGCCUACACCAUGGACAGGUUCACCUACCAGAAUUUGAGCGAAUGCAUCCAUUGGCGAAACCGCCUUGGACUUCAAACGUCCUUCUGCGAGGACCCGAUCGUGAUGGGCAUGAUUCAUGGCAAGAUGGCAAAAGGCCUGCAGAACAAGGUGAAGAAUGCCGCGUUGCUCGAAGCUCAGCAAGAGGCCAGAGAAGCAGAAGCUGCAGGAACCAAGGAGGAGCAGGCGAGAGCCCUGAUCGGACCCCGUGGCGGUUUGCCGCCGCUUCGAGGGGAUUUGAUCAAGCUGGCGACCUUGUUGAACGUGGACGUGAAGGCCGACGACAACGUGGAGACCACCAAGAACAAGGUGCGACCUAUCGUCAACCUGCUCAAGGAAUCGGUGGCUUCCGGGAAGGCCAAGGCCAAGGUCAAGCCGGCUCCAAAGAAAGCUCAAGGUUGGACCGUGGGCUACGCCGCCGGCAUCAAGACAGAGCCAUCCCCUGGCAUGGUCUCCUACCAGCACCUGAUCGACAUGAGAGAUCGAUUCCAACACACUCUGGACAAUAUGGCACUGGAGAUUCAAGAGCUCCGCAAUCAACAAGGGCAAGCGGUGACGGUCGAUUUGACCAGCCUGGGAUCAGCGAGUGCUAUGUCAGCACAGGAUGCAGUGGACCCCGAGCUCCUUCAGGACGCAGCCUGGUCGCUGGAGGGAGCAUACGAACAGCAGCUGAUGGCUCAGUACGGGGACAACAUCGAAUGGCUGACCCGGGAGGAGAGACAAGCAGCAUGGGAUCGACACGUGGCUGACCGUCUUCGCAUCUCGCAGGAGCCCAAGAAGGUUCAGCAGAUUCUGGAGGCCGAGUACUUCAAGGAAAUGAAUGACUUCAUGAAUGAAGAGACCUUCGUGCAAACGAUUGACUUGAUGCCAAAGCUCUCUGAGGCCUGUCAGAAUGAGCACGUGGAUCGAAGCGCCAAGCAGCCGCUGGUGACUGAGGUCUACACCACUGCUCAGAACAUCACAAAGGAGGCUCAACGUCGAGGUCACAAAGUUGGAGCAGCGCUGAGCCUCGAAACUGGGUGGAACUUCCUCUUGCAAGAGCACCGGGACCUUGCUCGGAAGAGGGUGGUGAAGGAAAAGCCUUUCCUCCUGGCCCUUGCCUUUCCUUGUGGACCUUUCAGCCCUCUUCAACACCUCAAUGCUCGAGGAAGAAGGACAUGGCCACAACGGUUGGAAGAUGGCCGCACCUUGAUGAGGUUUGCCCUGGAAUUGGCCACUCUCCAACUCGAAGGUGGAAGACAUUGCCUGCUGGAGAAUCCUAAGCCGUCCGCGGCUUGGAAGGAGCCGGAGAUGCGAAAGUUCAUUGAGGAGAACAAUGUUUUUGAGGCCAACUUUGAUCAGUGUCGAUUUGGUCUGAGGAAUGCCAGUGGUGACCUUCAUCGCAAGGCGACCUUGGUGGUGAGCUCGAGCUCGGACGUGCUCGAUCAACUGGAUGGAAUGGUUUGCAAGCGUGACCAUUUUCACGCCCCAGUGAUCGGGGGCUCAAAAGUUACAGCCCAAGCGGGCAUCUACCCUAUGUCUUUGGCGAGGGCUAUCGUCAAGGGCAUUGAGCUUCAGUUCGACCGACAACACAAGCCCAAGGAAGUAAAUGCUUUGGAGCCCAUCGCAGAAGGAGAAGAAGAUGACACUGCUGCCACAGGUGGUGCCUUUGGCGUGCGAGAAGAGUCAGAUGAUGACGAGUUGGCCGAAACUCCGGCAGAGAAGAAUAUGACCAUUCCAGCGGCAGUCAAGCUGGCGGUCAAGCGACUCCAUGAGAACACUGGCCAUCGCAGUGGCAAACGAUUGGCUCGGGCUUUGACCAUUGCGGGAGCUCCUGUGGAAGCCAUUGUCGCGGCGAAGCGCCAUCGAUGCCAGGUGUGUCAGGAGAGGGCUCCUCCUAAGAGUCGCAGACCAGCUUCACUCCCUUCACCGAAAGACCUUGGAGAUCAGGUCCAUCUGGAUCUGUUGGAGGUUGAAGAUGCUGCUGAAAACAAGUAUUUUGUGGCCCACUGCACAGACUUCGCAACACGCUUUCAAGCCGCGGAGAUCCUCCCCAACAAAUCGACCCAGGCGGUGAUCCAGUUUAUGACCAAGAGAUGGGUGGCCAUGUUUGGACCUCCAAGAGUGCUUGUCUGUGAUCAAGGCCGCGAAUUCAUUUCUUGGGAGAUGGAAGAGUGGGCUAGUUCGAUGAGCAGCAUGCUUCACCACAUUGCCGUGCAGGCCCCAUGGCAAAACGGGGUCGCAGAGAAAUCGGGAGGAGUGCUGAAAACCAUCGUUGCUGCCAUAGUCACUGCAAAAAGCAUCGUCGCCCGAGAGGAGAUGGAGAUGGCAUUGGCAGAAGCUAUAGCCGCUUACAACGGCGACGUGGAUGGUGAAUCGGGCUGUUCCCCUUUUCAAGCAGCUCUCGGUCAGCAACCAAGGAUGGUGGGCGAUGUUUUGGGCGGCAUUCAACAACGCCUAGGAGAACAUGGCCUGGUGGAGAGCAAACCUUCUUUUGCAAGGCAGAUUGCAAUGAGAGAGACUGCCAAGCUGGCGAUGACCCGACUUCAUUUUUCUCGAGGUCUACGCAAGGCAGAGCUGGCGAGAUCUAGAUCAUCUACCAUCGAAAGUGCACCGACACCUGGGACCAUUUGCUACUUCUACCGGCCACUUCGAUACAACAACAAGAUGAGCCAAAGCCGGAAGAAGCUGACGUUGAAGCGUUGGCAUGGGCCAGCGAUGUUGGUGGCCAUGGAUGGACAUGCUUCUGCCUUUCUUUCCUACAAGGGCCAGCUCACGAAGUGCGCUUUGGAGCACGUCCGACCAGCCUCAACAAUGGAACAAAUUGCUUCCGGGGCAUGGGAAGAGGCCAUCAAAGAAGCUGUUGAAGACGCUCGACAUGAGAUGGCUUUGCGAAAGCAUCAAGAGGUCCAUGAAGAACCUCCCAGCCGAGUCCAAGGUGAACUCCCUCUCCAAGUCCUACCAGAGACGCCAGCUGAGGUUGAGAAUCCCAAGACUCCGGCAUUUCUACCUUCGUCUUCGGCACCCUUGAACGUCGAUGAGAACCAGUCAGGAGGCGGAGAUCUACCCCCUGUUCAACCAAAGGAGUUCUGGCAGAUGAUGGUUCCCUCCAGUUCUCCGGCACCUUCCCAGGUAGACUCAACCUUGCCGUCAAGACGAGGCAGCGAUUUUUCAGAGACCCCUUUUCCGGAGACUACAAGGUGGGCUAUGAGCCGAAAAUCCUCAGGGGCACCGCUUGAAACAGUGCGAGAGCGCGCCCGGAUGAUGGAUGCCCAAGCAGAAGCUGGAGUGAAACGACCAGCUGAAGUGGAUGCUGACAUCCUCCGUGACCAAGAUCGACAUGGGCAUGAACCAGAGGCUUCGAGCACUUCGGAAGCACUGGUGAUGGAGAGAUCCCUCCGAAGAGAGAUCCAAGAGGAAUUGAACCUGACCAAUCUUCAUCCAUUACGAAGAGCUCAUUUACAAGCCUGUUUGGACAAGAUUGAUCCCUUGGAGGCUCUUGUGAAUGACCACGGCACCUGGCAUGGGAAGUGGUCGUUGCCUUCAAGAUCGGUGUGGCAAACCCAUGAGAGGCUUGGAAUUCCCUGGCCAACCGGUGACCAACCAGACCAUGAAGUGGAUGUGGUUCAAGCGAACCGAAAAGAGUUUCGUUGGAGAACCAUGUCUGAGGCGGAGAAACUGGCUUUCACCGAGGCCGCAAGACAGGCCUGGGCAGUUUGGGAGGAGAAUGAUGCAAUAGAAGUGCUGACACCGGAAGAGUCCAGCCGGAUUCGACGUCGAUUGAUGUCCGUUUUGACCAAGGCAGCCAACGUCCUCCUCAAGGAGUUCAAAAAGAGAGCUGAUUUUGCCCUCAUCUUCCGGCCGCUCAACCUCGAACAGGCGGGGAUACUUUCUAUCUCGGAUUCCUCACUCGGAAAUGUCACCAAAGAAGGCGGACAUGAAGGUGAAGUGCUGGAAAAGCUCUACAGCCAAUCGGCCUAUUUUGUGGUCCUGGCUGACAAAAGCCUAAUGGAAGGCAAGGAGGGCUGGUUCAACGUGUUGGACGCCCGCAGCCACCGCCUUCCUCGGGUCUGCCGCUCGACCUAUGGGGCAGAGCUCAUGGGUGUUGAGGAGGGAAUGGACAUGGGCAUCUACUGCCGUGGAAGCUUCGCUGAUUUUCGCGGCCUGCCGAUGGGACGCCGAGAUGCUUUGAGAGUGAUGGAGGAAAUUCCCUUCAUCGCGGUGACGGACGCGAAGGACACCUAUGAUCGGAGCAACUCCGAUUGUCCUACCUAUGGAGCUCAAAAGUUGAUGGCCUUCUCAGUUGCCUGGAUCCGGCAAGUCCUACACGGGCACAACUCGAGCUUGAAAUGGACGGCCACGGCCAACAUGUGGGUGGAUGCUGGAACGAAGUUGAUGGCCACCGACCGCAUGCAUGACAUUUUAGAUCGUGGCAAAUGGAGCUAUGUGUUCCACCAGUCCUAUGUCAAGCAACCGGCCCGGAAAAAGGUGUUGGCAAGUGUCAGUGGGGAAGGUGAACUUCCGGGAACGGCUUUAGAUGAGAAGUCUCCAAUUUUUCAGUUUGUUUUGAGCCUCAGCUAUCAUCCCGGCUGGCGCAAGCGAGAUGACAUGGUGGCUCAUGUGGCCCUAGGAGCGAAGUCAUUUAGAGUACCUGAUGCCCGCUUCGGUACGACUAAGUUCCCUUGGCGAUCGAGUUUUGGUCGUUUUGAUUUAGAAGACGGCCGAUCUGUUUGGCGGGAGCUUGAGAAAGGAAAGAAUUUGAAUGAGAUGACGGUCCGACAGGGACUCCUUUCUCGACCUGCUCACUGCCUGAUCUCGAUCUUCAUGUCUCAAGCCACAAAGAAGAAGGAUUCGCUGAAGAAAGCUUCAUGUGAUUUCCAUGGCUGCUUCACUUUCGUGAGUGCCUUGAUGAGCUUGAUUAACGGCUUGGCCUCACUGGAGAACCUGGGCCUUCGUAGAAGGGCUUUGGGAUGCUUUGUGGAUGAGAACAACCAGCUGGACACAGUUCUUCAGAGAGUGCGGCUUGCAGACGAGGAGCUUCAACUUGACAAUGACUGGGCUGGACGUACGGUUCUCCGAGGUUUGUGCAAUCUUGUCGCUGGUGUGGUGGAGAUCAUGCAGGGAAUGCCCUCUCAGGGAGUUUGGCACGUGCUGCGUUCGUGGUUCUGGCUGCGCAACCUGGAGUGUGAGGCCUUGAAGUUUGAGGGCCACGAGCGUGGCUGCGUGCGCUCUACUGCUCUGCUGGCCUUGGGAAUCUUCAAUCUGUUUGUCUCCAUGCUACCACCAACCGCCGUGAAGGCCGCUGGUUGGGCAACAGGCUUCUCCGGUGGUCGCGAUGUGGCGCUAUCGCAACUGCGCGAAUGCUGGGAAGAAGGUGGAAUCCAGGCACCCUUUGCAGGAAUGGUGCUGAUUGGCUUCGGUGUGGAUGUCAGUAGCUUCUUAGGCGAGCUCCGUGCUGAACGCGACCAACGACAUUUGAUGGCCAGGGAGAUCCUGGACUGGGCGAACCGAGAAUAUCCAGAGGCUUUCUUUUUCGCUGGCCUGGAAGCUGGCUAUUUGGCUGCUGUGAGAGAUCUGGAAGGCGGGAGCAGUGGUGCGCUGACCAAGGAAGCAGUGAUGCGCUGA